AACCAUAUACAGUGCUAGGGUACUGUGCACUAUCAUGUGCAUUCUCAUUCCAUAAUUUAUACUAUACUACUUCCUAUACCUUUUUUUCCCCCAAAUUCUCUACCUCCCAAAUAUUUUCAUAGAAGUUAUGGAAGAUCAAGCAAUCAAUCAGACCAACCAUAAUAAUAAUACAAGUAGUGAAAACAACAGCAGGAGUAUUAUUAGUACUAGCAGUAGCAAAGGAGACAGAAACAACAACACUAGUGGUGAGCCGGUAAGGUCAAGAUGGACACCAAAACCAGAGCAAAUACUCAUACUUGAAUCCAUUUUCAACAGUGGUAUGGUAAACCCACCUAAAGAAGAAACCGUCCGAAUUCGAAAACUUUUAGAGAAGUUUGGUGCUGUUGGUGAUGCCAACGUCUUUUACUGGUUUCAAAACCGCCGCUCUCGCUCUCGCCGCCGCCAACGCCAACUUCAGGCCUCACUCGCAGCCUCUGCCGCUAUUCCACCACCACCGCCACUUCCGGGUUCGAUGGGCCCAACGUCUUUGUUAGGUGGUGGUAGUGCAAGCUUGUAUGAUUUUGGGCAUCAUCAUCCUCAUGAGCAACAGAAUGGUAUAUCUAGUACAUGCACAACAGCUGCUGCAGCAGCUUCUUCUAGUGUUGCAUGUUUUGCACCAUCGAACACUAGUGCUACUAUUUCUACCACUUUUGCUGAUUGUGGUGACGUUUUUGGUACUUUUUCUGGCCAAAUGAGUAUAAUUAAUCCUACUCAUGAAAUCGACUGCCCUUCUGAUACACCGAAUCUGGACUUUCAAUCAGGGAUCAUAACAGUGUUCCUGAAUGGAGUAGCAACCCAAAUUCCGGACGGGGCGUUUGAUAUGAAAGCCAUGUUUGGAGAAGAAGUGAUUUUGGUUCACUCUUCUGGUGUGCCUGUUGCCUUCAAUGAGUUUGGAAUUUCGCUUCAUAGCUUACAACAUGGCGAGAGCUACUUCCUAGUCCCAAGACUCACUUAAAUGGGAAUAAAAGCUGCACCCCACCGACCAGUUUGGGAUCUUCUCCGCGUCACUGAAGAAAUUAAGAUACUUAAGUUUAAGAUAGAUCAUCAUCAUCAUCAUCAAGGUUUUUAUAUUUUUAAUUUUUAUUUUAUACUCAAGUAAAGUUAAGAUAGAUCUUCUUAUCAAAUGAAAGUAAAACUACUUAAGGUAGAUCUUCUACUAGCUACGGUUUAAUCUAUAUAUUAUAUUAGAUCUGUAUCAUAUGAAUUCAGAUUAGUAAAGGCAUAUUAAUUGAACAAUAAACUUUAUUUUGCCUUUCUCAAACGUAUGAGCCUUUACUAUUGUGGAGCCAAAUGGUGCAAGAGUCAUUUGCAUAGAACAUUAUAUUUUAUAUAAAUAAUUUUUCCUUCUCUAAA